UCAGCGCAGUCCAUCCCUUUGGAUCCUACUGCUGCUCAGAGCUCUAGGAUACGUUCACUUAUGCGUAGCAAAACAAAGGAUACUCUCUGUUUCCACAGAACUGUUCGAAUAUUAUCGGUAGCCUAUUUGAGAAGUACUCCAUUAUAUAGAUCAGAAGUGCCGUGCUCUUCAAGUGUCAAUUAUUUAUUGGAGUUGUCACUAGACAUUUUGUCACGACUGUCUCCCAAACGCGUUUGCCCUGUAUUGACGGGAACAGCAAUAUAAAUGAAGAGGGACUUAACGUGACGGUAUUGAGCAGAGCACUUGCGCGUUUUGGUGCGCUGCGAAGGUGUAUGCCAAUUCAACGGCUGCCACCUCCAGGCAUUGAAUCCAAGUAAAUAUCGGCAGGGUGACUAGAGGAAUGGCUGCGGCAAACAACGGAUCAAACACAACUAGGACCUUUACAAAUCAGUUUGUACAACCGCCUUGGCGCAUCGUGCUAUGGUCGGUCGCGUACAGCCUUGUGCUCGCAGUGGCAGUUUUUGGGAACCUGAUAGUGAUUUGGAUCGUAUUGGCGCACAAGAGGAUGCGGACCGUGACAAACUACUUUUUACUCAACUUGGCUUUCUCUGACGCCUCAAUGGCCGCGUUCAACACGUUGAUUAAUUUCAUAUAUGCUGCUCACGGCAAUUGGUACUUUGGAGAAUCAUACUGCAAGUUCCACAACUUUUUCCCAGUCACAGCAGUGUUUUCAAGCAUCUAUUCAAUGAGCGCAAUAGCGGUCGACAGGUACAUGGCCAUCAUCCACCCGCUGAAACCCAGGCUGUCAGCCACAGCCACCAAGGUGGUGAUCUUGUGUAUCUGGGCGCUGGCCGUGGUGCUGGCCUUCCCCCUUUGCUUCUACUCCACCAUCCGCAUCCUGCCCCGCCGGACAAUCUGCUACGUGGCUUGGCCCCGGUCAUCAGAUGACUCCUUCAUGUAUCAUAUCAUUGUGACGGUGCUGGUGUAUGUGCUGCCCCUAGUGGUGAUGGGUAUCACCUACACCAUUGUGGGCGUGACGCUGUGGGGAGGAGAGAUCCCGGGGGAAGCAUCAGAUAACUACCACAGCCAGCUCACAGCCAAGAGGAAGGUGGUGAAGAUGAUGAUCAUUGUGGUGGUGACCUUCGCCCUCUGCUGGCUGCCGUACCACGUCUACUUCAUCGUGACGGGACUCAACAAGGCUCUGAUGAGGUGGAAGUCCAUCCAGCAGGUCUACCUGUCAGUGAUGUGGCUGGCCAUGAGCUCCACCAUGUACAAUCCCAUCAUCUACUGCUGCCUCAACAGCAGGUUCCGGGCGGGCUUCAAGCGGGCGUUCUGUUGGUGCCCGUUCGUCCGGGUAUCCAGCUAUGACGAGCUGGAGUUGCGCGACAACACCACCCGCCACCGAUCCGGCCACCUGGGCAGCAUGUGCACCCUCUCCCGCGUGAACACUGGGACCAACAGCACCAACAAUCGCCAACACAGCAUCAAAAAGGCAGUCUCCAGCUGCCAUGGCAAUGCCAGUGUUAACGGAGAUAACAAUGGUAACCAUGGCAACCAACCGGCCGGUAGCCAAGUCCAACCUUUACAGUGACCCCGAGGAUGUGGCCGACGAUCAGUUCUCCUGAGAUGUUUAUGAUGACCACGACCACAUUCUAGAGUGUUCACGAGUGGUUUGGAAAGUCGUUGUCAACAUUUCGCCUUCCGAACUUCCCUCAAAACAUUCCAAGCAAGCCUUUCGAUUUUUAUUUUAUUUUACCAUGCAUAAGUAUUUCAUGUGAGUUUGUUGCAAACGCGGUUGUUCUGUAUAAAGUAUUUUCUGCUGGCUUGAUGCAGUGAGAUUCUUUUGAUUUUAUUGGUAUUUUGCUUAGCUUUCGAAAAUCAUUUGUUUCUGCCUUUUCUCAUUUCCAAACCCCCCUCACGACACUGAUUGGACAUCUUGUAGGCUGCUGUCUCGACGGGCAGAUUUGUGGGCAGAUUUGUGACAUCUGGACUAAGCAAUGAAGGCAGAGCUUACCAGUAGUUUACCAGUGUGGGCAUGCAUCUAUUACUCAGGCAGGCUCCCCUUGAAAGAAUGUUAGGAGUGGUUAGAGGUUGGGCAUAUAUAUAUAUAUAUAUAUAUAUAUAA